GCGUCCCGUUCUCGUGGCAAAGAACUGAUUUCUCCCCGCGUUCGUGCUCAAUCGUAAAUUCGAAAUAAAUUAAAAAUGUCUCGCAGUUCGUACCUGUUGUGUGUGCUGUUUUUAGGCGCCAGCUGCUUGGUUUUUAGUGCGAGUGCAGCGCGGAACAAUCCAAGGGGUUACAAGGCCACGGAGCCGCCCACCACCACCCAGUCCCCGCCGACGGCCAAGGAGUAUCUGGACAGUCAAACCGGAAUCUCCACAUUCGGCAUCAUCGCCAUCAUCUUCACCGUUAUCGUUCUCUGCCUCGUCUUCUACUACGGCAUCAUUUGCUACCCCUUACUCUGUCGCGAUGAGAAGAAAUAUCGUUUUAUGGACGUAUCCUCAGCCAUUACCGCCGCCACAUCGCGAUCCAUUCAGUCCAUAGGGAACUAUCCCGACCAGAAGCACCACCAUACGUUGGCCUGA